AUGAAUGUGUUUGAAUCGCUCAACUGCAUUGUCUGCAAGCAACCGUUUGCUCGAGUUGCUAAUCAAGAUCGAUCUCCACGACAUUUGUAUUGUGGGUUGGCCAUGUGCAAUGAAUGUUUCGAGAAAGAGUGGAGAAACUUUGCCUACUUUUUAAUUGACGUUUUGUCACAAGAAAACUCAUUGGUCUUUACUCCAAAGGGAUAUUUGCUUGUGAAGCCUUUCAAAAUUCCGGAAUGUCUAAUUUGUCAGGAUGAAUAUUCAAAUGAAAUUGAGAAAAAGAAAUCGUUUGCUCUUCAAUGUGGGCAUAUCAUUUGCACGCAAUGCUUUUUGAAGACACGUCAGGAGUAUUAUCCAAAUAACUAUCAAAACACUUGUCCAACUUGUCGCAAUGUUACGUGCAUUGUUGUCAACAAACAGAAAGAUCAAUUUCAUGACUUUCUAAAUGAGCUGCCCGAAAUGACUCGACAAAUGGAAAUAAUUGAGGCAGCUUUAAUGAAUGCUAAGGAUGCACGUAGCUGCAACGAAUGCCACAAAAAGAAUAUUGUCGACGAAAUGUUUUAUUGCCGUGAGUGUGGUUUUGAAAUUUGUGGGGCUUGUGCUUACGUGAAACAUCGUUCGCAUGAAGCCAUUCCUCUAUUGGAAAAACAGGCUGAUCAAAUGUUGACGGAACUUCAACAAGAGUCAAGAAAUGUCAUCAAGACGUACAAGGAUUUGGUUCCUGGACUACACAAGGACCUUCUUGAGGGCAUUGACAUCUUUGAAACGAAAUUGCUUUCGAAAGAAGAAAUUCUCAAGGACGCUCCAAAUUUGGCCGAGUUACGGGAGAAACACAAGUCAUUCACAAAAAUUAAGUCCAAGUUUGAGUCAUCUGCUGAGAAGUACUUGCCUCAUUUGCGCAGAUUCGAUGCUGAAGUCAAGCAAUUGAUUCAAACCCUCAACGAGACCCCUGAUGCC